CACAGCCACAGCCACAGCCACAGCCACAGCCACAGCCACCGGCACCGACCCUCAGCACCGACCCUCAGCCCCGAGCCUCGCUGUCCUCGCCCGCAGGCAGCAUGGCUGAGGAAAAGUCUGACAAACCAUAUCUAGAAGAAAGUGCCUUUGAAGCACUGGAAAAAGACUCCCAAGAAUUCAUCAGUCUGCUUAAGAGAGAUGAAGCUCUGGAACAGUUCCGUUUGGAAUAUGAGAAGCUCCUUGCUGUUAUGAAGAAGUCUCGUGAAAAUGAAAAGCAUCUCAUGGGCAAAUGCAGGAAGCUGAGUGCUGAGCUUGUGGAGAAGUCAUCUAAAGUAGCUGUGCUCACAAAGCUCUCUAAAGAUGAUGAGGAAACUAUAUCAUCACUGAAGACGGAGCUUGAAAAGUCCUGGAAAAUGGUGGAUACAGCCUAUGAGAAGGAACAGAAAACAAAGGAAACAAUUCAUUCACUACAAAAGGAAAUUGCACGCCUAAAUAAUUUAAUGAAGGAAAGAGCUGGACAGGAGUACAAUGUCGAGGAACUGCUAGAACUUCAAGAAGAGGUAACAAAGGAGCGAGACGAACUGUUGUCAGAAGUUGUGAAGUUACGUCAAAGUCUUGCUGAAGUCACAGAGCAGCAGCAGGAAACAGAGAAGGCAAAAAAUGAGGCAGAACAAUCUGUUCUGCAGCUUCAGCAAGACAUCCAGCUGCGUCAGAAUGAGGAACUACGAGAGGCUCGUAAGAAGGAAAAAAUGGAGAUUGAGCUGACAAAUCUUCUAGCUGAAAUGGAUAAAAAGCAAGAUGAGAUCCAGAAUUUACAGCAGCAAAUAGAGAGAAACAAAGAGGAACAACUGAAAAUGGAGGUUCAUCUUAGAGAGCAGAAGAACUUGAAUGAAAAAGCUAGUAAGGAACUUGAGCAACUUAAGAUGAAAAAUCAGAAGCUCAUGCAAGAGAAUGAACAGCACAGUGCGAUGUUUGAUGAGGUGAUGAAGGAUGUCAGCCAGAAGACAACACAACUAAAGGAGAGAGAAGAUGAAGCAACUCAGAUGCGCCUUGAAAUUUCAAAGCUGAACAAAACGAGAGAUGUUAUCCAGAAUAAGCUGCGUGCUGCAGAGGAACAAAAAGUUGAUGCAGAAAAUGAAAAAGGCAUGCUAAAAAAUCAAAUAUCCAGACUGGAGAAAGAGUUAGAAUCAGCCAAAAAGCAGUCAGAGAUUGACAAGAGAGCUACAGAUGGGCUUAUGAGGGAAAGGGAUAUGCUAAACCAGAACUUGAUCAAGGCUACAAAUGCCACUCAGAAGCAGAUAAAUUUGGUGAAGCUCCAUGAACAGUCAAAACAGAACUUGGAAGCAGAGAUACAAAAUUAUAAGAUUGAAGCUCAGAAACAAAGGAAGAUUAUUUACCAAUUGGAAAAGGAGAGAGAUGGCUUCAUCAAUGAAACCAGUGAGCUCAAAGAGAAGGUCCUCCAUCAUAUGAAAGAUCUUGAAAUAUGUCAAGUACAGAUCUGUGACUACGAGAAAGAAGUACAAGUGCAAAUGAUUAAAUUAAAACAGCAGCAAAACAUUUGUGAAACUCUGAGAGCAGAGAGGAGCCUGUACAGUAAAAAUUUGAUUGAAGCUAAGGAUGAGAUAGCAGAUAUGAAGAUGAAACUGAAAACUUCAACACGUCAGCUGGAUCAGCUGAAGGAGGAGCUCAAAGACAAAGAUGUAGCCCUUGAGAAAGCACAUCUAGAUCAUCAGCAUUCAGAGGAGGAGAAGGAAUCAUUGAAAGCUGAAGUGGCUCAGAUGACAAGACAGGCUCUGGAAACCAAAACAUUCAUAGAAAAUCAGGAGGCAGAAGAGAGAAAACUCCUGAAUAUCAUUGCUGAAGCUGAUGCAGAGAGGCUGAAGCACACGAAGGAAUUUGACAAGGUGCUCAGUGAGAGACAUGCCCUGGCGACCCAGCUUAUUCGUCGCAAUGAUGAAGUGGCUCUGCUCUAUGAAAAGAUAAAAAUCCAGCAGGCCAUCCUGAACAGGGGGGAGAGCGAGUACCGACAGAGGAUGGAGGACAUCCGAAUUCUCAAGCUGGAGAUCAAAAAACUUCGGCGUGAGAAGGGAAUACUUGGCAAGAGUGCGGCUAACGUGGAGGAGCUCAGAUUUGAGGUUAAUCAUAUGCAGAAGGAACUGUUAAAGGAACAAACUCGAUGCAAAAUUUUGGAAGAAGAACUGCAGAAGCCCUUGAAAGUUCACAGAUGGAGAAAAUUAGAGGCCAGCGACCCCACUGCCUAUGAGCUGAUUCAGAAAGUACAGAGACUACAGAAGAGGCUUAUAAGCAAGACAAGUGAAGUGAUAGAGAAAGAAUUUCUCCUUCAGGAGAAGGAGAAACUGUAUGUGGAGCUGAGGCAAGUCCUGGCCCGGCAGCCUGGGCCUGAAGCCACGGAACAGUUGCAGCACUACCGGCACAGUCUCCGGGAGAAGACUAAACAGCUCAAAGUUUUGUCCUCAGAACUGAAUAUGUAUGAAGCACAGAGCAAAGAAUACAAACGUGAAAUUGAAAGACUUAACAAUGAGCUUAACAAUAUGAAAAAGAAAUAUCUGGCUCAGAAACGCAAGGAGCAACAGAAUAAGGAGAAGGAGAGAUCUUGCCCAGAUACGAAGAGGAAAUUACCCCCCCUCAGGCCUGAUGAUGAACCUCACUUCAACAUAGGGGGCUUUCCUUUAACCAGACCCCUUCCCAAAAUUGCAGCCUAAGAAUCUACUCAUCUAGUCACGUUCCCGUUCCCAGUUUUUUGCUAAACCUUAUUUGUGGGUUAUUCGAGAAACUGUAAUUUUAAAAGAGAUUCAGAAUCUACUGAAAUCACUGUAUCACCUUCAGGAAAAUUUUAUAAAUUGUAUAUCAUAAAAUGCA